AUGGAGGGACAAGACAACAGCGAUGAGCUCUAUCCAAUUGCCGUUCUGAUCGAUGAGCUGAAGCACGACGAUGUCCUCCUCCGACUCAAUGCGAUCCACAGACUCUCAACCAUUGCUUUAGCUUUGGGUCCCGAAAGAACACGAGACGAGUUGAUACCAUUUUUGGACGACUCUGUUGAAGAUGAGGAUGAAGUCUUGACAGCAUUGGCUGAAGAGCUUGGAAACUUCAUCGAAUACGUCGGAGGACCAGAAUACGGCCAUGUUCUAUUGGCACCCCUAGAGAACCUGGCUGCAAUCGAAGAACCUCUGGUCAGAGACAAGGCCGUAGAGUCUCUUAACAAGAUCUGUGAGCAAUUGUCGGAACGGCAAGUCGAAGAUUACUUUAUUCCUCUUACUAUUCGACUUUCUAAAGCCGACUGGUUCACUUCGAAGGUCUCGGCCACUGGGCUGUAUGUCACCCCUUAUCGAAAAGCCAGCGCAGCUUCACAACAAGGCCUUCGGACCCAAUUUGGUCAUCUCGUCCACGAUGAGACGCCUAUGGUCCGCCGACAGGCAGCAAAUCACCUGGCCAAAUUCAUCAAAGAAGUUCCUACAGACGUAGUCAUUGACGAAAUGAUUCCCCUCUUCCAACACCUUGCAAGCGACGACCAAGACAGCGUCAGGCUCCUUACUGUCGAAGUCCUGAUCUCCAUUGCUGAGGUCAUUCCCAAAGAACAGCAGCCUAGCCACGGGGUUUUAUUGACGGCUUUGAGGAGUUUGUUUGAAGAUAAGAGCUGGAGAGUUCGAUAUAUGGUCGCAGAGAAAUUCGAAAAGAUCGCCAAAGCAGUCAAUGAAGAGGUUGUUACCCGCGACCUAGUUCCAGCGUUUGUAAAGCUGUUGAAAGAUAGCGAGGCAGAGGUCAGAACAGCUAUUGCCAGCCAAAUCCCCGGGUUCUGUGGUCUGCUUGACCGGGAUACUCUGCUCAACGAGAUUAUGACGAGCAUAGAAGAUCUUGUUUCGGAUCCUUCACAGCACGUCCGAGCGGCUCUCGGAACACAGCUCAGCGGAUUGGCCCCCAUCCUUGGAAAGGAAGAAACGAUCUCGCACCUGCUCCCUAUGUUUCUCCAGAUGCUCAAGGACGAAUUCCCUGAUGUCCGCCUCCACAUCAUCUCGAAACUCGAGCUCGUCAACAACGUCAUUGGCAUCGACCUACUCUCACAGUCGCUCUUACCAGCCAUUGUUCAGCUGGCGGAGGACAAGCAAUGGCGCGUUCGCCUCGCUAUCAUCGAGUACAUCCCUUUGCUUGCUAAGCAAUUGGGCAUGAAAUUCUUUGAUGAGCAACUGAGCUCUUUGUGCAUGGGAUGGUUGGGCGAUACAGUCUUCUCUAUCAGAGAAGCUGCCACACAAAAUCUCAAGAAACUCACAGAAGUGUUUGGUGUGGAGUGGGCAAAAGAAUCAAUCAUCCCCAAGGUCGACGCCAUGAGCAAACAAGAGAACUACCUUUACCGGAUGACGACCUGCUUUGCCAUAACGACGCUCGCCCCCGUUGUCACAUUUGACAUUAUUCAGGAAAGCGUGCUUCCCAUGAUGGACCGCCUCGUCACCGACCCAAUCCCCAACAUCCGGUUCAACGUCGCCAAAUCAUAUUCCGUGCUUAUCGACACACUCCGCCGCCUGCCUGCAGAGGGCACACUCGCCGAUAUUGAGGGGUCAGGCUCGGCCGCUUCUUCCCAGCCCAAUCCCAAGGGCGAGGAACUCAUCAACGACCAGAUCAUGCCCAACUUGACCAAGCUACAAGACGACGCCGACGUCGACGUCAGGUAUUUUGCCACGAUCGCAGCAGGAGGUACCUGGAGUGCCGGCGAGAGGAUGGAUACGGGACAGUAG